GCGACGCAGACAAAAGGGGACAUUGUCGCUGACAGGAAACAGCCCCGAUAGAAUUUAAGCAUUUUAUAAACGUUUACAAGGAGUAAAGGCCAUUUGUAAACGUUUAUAAAAUGUUUAAAUGCUAUCUAGGAGGCACACAAUAAUCAGGCAGAACGAAAACGAGGAAAGACAUAAAAGAAAAGUCGAAGUCAUGGUGACGGUGGAGAUAACUGGGAUUUGAGGAAACGGAGAAGUGGAAAGAUGGGAAUGUUAAUAAGCGCCGGCAUCUUCCUAGGCACCACGUGAAAUCAUGUACCAUGAGGACCCACGAUGCUUUCUUCUGGUCAGCGAAGCAGCAUGAAGAGGCCACAGCAUGAAGCUAGCAAAAUCUUGACAUCGAGUCCCACCAUUACACUGAUAAUUUCCUUUGAUUUGUUUUCUUGAUUUGUUUGACGGACUGGGAAGUGAGGGGGUUGACUUCCAAUGAAAAGAGUACGAUGUCCUCUUGCCAGUGUUCAUUGUACGCACUGUGCGCCAGUGAUUGGCUGGGUGAAAAGUACGUGGCUGCAUGCUAUAUAUAUAAAGGCCUUGUGGCCGUCCCUGCUUCAACUACAGAAGAAUCAGCGUCCGUAGUUUUGCUUGGGGGAGGAGCCGCAGGUAAAAGAGACUGACUGUCAGAGGCAAAGAGGUGGACACCCGAGCGCCAGGUAUCAUGCGCGGCUUCGUCCUUGUCUUGGGAGCGAGCGUUGUACUGCCAGGGUAUUUAUUGUUCAACGUAUGUCUGGCCUUAAAUGGAACAGAAAUUGCAGAAAUAUUGGAAAUACACAACUAUUACAGAAGGCUGAUGGUUGUCAACGCAACUGAAGGUGCCAGUGUGGCCAAUAUGAACAAACUGCUUUGGAGCUCACACACCUACAGACAGAAGCAGAAAGGCAAAUUACAUGUGAAAUCGGGAAUAAUACGGGGCGGAGACGUCUGGGAAACAACGCUGCUGCUGGUAAAAGUGUCCGCAAAAAUGGACCGAUCGCCAUGAUCAUAAAAAGCUGGUUCGAUCAAGUACGUGUCUACAACCAAACGUCCAACGAGUGCAGGCCAUGGUACAGAUGUCAAAGAUUUCGCACAAUGAUCAACGCCUUGCAGCACUCAAUAGGUUGUGCCAAGUUGGAGAAUUGCAAUCUACCGAGGAGGUCUUUGGUUCUUCUCUGCCUAUACAGUGGCGGGUCUACGGAGGGCUUUGAUUUCGACUUCAGAUUCGGAGCAGCUUGUUCUAAAUGUGAAUGGCCACGUGCAUUCUGCGACAAUAAUCUGUGUGCAUCGUGUGGCAGUGACGAUCCAGACCUAUGUGAUUGCCGCAAGACGUGCUUGAAGGAAGGAGUAGGAGUGGGCAUUCUCCACCGGCAGAACUGCACCUGCCAAUGCCAAUAUGGCCUAGGACCAAACUGCGACGAACCUUGCAUAAACCCCAUAUACUACAGCGACAACUUUGACCCGUGCACUGCUGUGGACCCCGCAAGUAUUGACUGUGCAAUCAUGGGCGAGUUCUGUCCAAGACAGUGCCUAUGUCGUCCCUUUCCGAACGAAAGUGAGACGCUCGAGAAAUAGAACCAAAAGCAGACAAGUCGAGCACACAGCUAUGGAUAGCAGCAUUGGUUUGAAUCCGAAAUCAUCAUCUACAAGAGAAAAAUUUCAACUUGACGACGAAGGCGCUGCUUAAUUCUUUGAACUGAACCUUUCUUAUGAUGACGCUGGCCUAUACAUACAGGGUUAUACAACAAAACAACAAAAAUCAACCUUGGAGCAUGUAUAUAACUAUAUGCAGCCCAACCGCACCAGAAUACCUAAUCUUUCUCGUUGUGACAUGGCAUAAUAAACAUUGUUGCUAACCUUA